AUGCCAAUAAGACCAAUUCAAAGCCGAUUGUCCUCCCGAGAAGAUCAACAUGGAAAGGAAUUACUUGCCCUUCACUACUUCCCCUCCCUAAAAUCCCAAUUCUCCCGCAAUCCCUCCCCUCCUUCCCCCCGAAAGAAAGAAUCUGUCCCUUCCCUUUAUAUCCACAGCACCCCCAUCCUCACCAACAUUUUACUCGACUUCUCCGAAACACAACAAACACAAGCACAGGCACAAGCACAAGCCCCCAUCCCCAACCACCCUUCCCCCCUUUUUAACCGCCACAACUGCCUCCUUGGCUCCCCCAGUUCCGAUGGAGUCCGUGGCCUCCAAUUCCACCCCCCGCCGCCCGGCCGCCGCCGCCAGGGCGGCAACCACCACUUGUCGAGAGAGCUCUUCGAGCCGUCCCAGCCGACCGUCGACCGCAUUGUCCGGGCCACCAGCCACCACCUCCUCCUCCUCCACCGCUCCGACUCCUCCUUCUUCGUCCUCGGCGCCACCGGGAACGUGUACACCGUGUCGCUGUCGUCCAGCCCCGCCUGCACGUGCCCCGACCGCGCCACCCCGUGCAAGCACAUCCUGUUCGUCCUCAUCCGCGUGCUCGGCGUCGCCCUCGACGACUCGUGCCUGCAGCGGCGGACCCUCCGUCCGUGCCAGCUCCAGCGCCUCCUCGCCACGCCGACGUCGCCUGACGCGAUGGCGGGGCCUAGCCUCCGGGAGAGGUUCCACCGGGACUUCUUCCGGGCGAGGGCCAGGCCCGACGGAGGGUUGCCGGAGGGGGUCCGCAUUGAGGACGGGGCGGCGUGCCCCAUCUGCAUGGACGAGAUGAAGGAGAGAGGGGCCGAGAGGGUGGUGGCGUGCGCGACGUGCCGGAACCUGGUGCACGAGGAGUGCCUGCUGAGGUGGAAGAGGAGCCGGGGGCGGCGGCCGGCCAUCUGCGUGAUCUGCCGGGGGAGGUGGAGGAGGACGGAGCAGGAGAACACGUACGUGAAUUUGGGGGCUCACGUGAGCGAGGACGAUCAAGGUGAGAUGCGUCCGACCAAUUGUGGCGAUUUGAGCCUUCAAUAGCGAUCCCAAAUUGGAGGAGAUACGGCCCACUGGAUGAUGGGUGUACAUAAUGCAAAAUGUAUAGGUUUAAGUUAGAUGUUUUUAAUCUAUUUUUUUUUUUAUUUUUUUAUUUUACUGCUGACAGAGUAACUCAACCGUUUAUAUUCAGAUUUCUGUGUUCAUUCGA